AUGUCGCUGUUCAGCGGAGACAACGAGAUCGGGAACAUCCUGCAACAGGCAGUCAAGCUGAAAUCUGCCCAGAUGAACGAAAAGCGAAAGACCUACGAGACGAGACCCUUCUUUGUGCAACACACGCUGUUCCACGGAGAGAAGGAGGACUUUAAGGCUUGGAGGCAGCUUCCGUUUGAUGAGAAGAAGGUGAUCUCCGAGAGGCUGAAGGAAGAAGGUAAUGACCUCUUCAAGAAGGGAUCCUGGAUGGAUGCAAUAGAGAAGUACGAGGAAGCCGCAUCACUGGUCCAUUACUACUGGAGCACUGAUGCCAACUGGCGAAAGAACAACCGGGGCAUCGAUGAUGAUGUGCUGAAGCUAGUGGACGACUUGGGCAGCACGGAAGAGGACGCACAGUGGCAGCGGAAGCACCGCGCCCUGUGUGCACUGAAUCUGGCGGCCUGCAAGCAGAAGCUGGACAAGUUUGACGAGGCCAUCACUGCCUGUGACGUGACUCUCGAGCUCGACCCCAAGAAUGUCAAAGCACUCUAUCGGCGGGCAGAGUCGCGGAUAAGGCCCACGAAGGCAACGGCCUACGACCACGACCUUGCGAUCAAGGACCUGGCAGUGGCCAAUGCGCUUGAUCCCAGCAACCAGACCAUCGAAAAACUCUUGACCAGGCUACGUGCCGAACGCCGGGUGCAAAGAGAAAAGGACUCCAAGACCUACACCGGGCUGUUCGAUCGAGGCCAGAUCUACGACAAGGCGAGAAGUGCAUGUAUCAAUGUGCCAGGAAGGGGCGGUGCAGCGCCUCUUCCCUCUGCAAAGGGUGUCUUGUCCAGCAGCCCUGCUCUCCUGCUAUCGGAUGUCUCUUAG